GAACAAUUAUGUUUUAAGCAUAGAAUAAUUUUAAAUCAUUUAAGGAAUUGAAUAAUUUAGAAGAGAGACAAACAAAAUGUAAAUAAAAAUUAAAUCAACAUCCUGAAAUGAUUCCUGUCAUUUUGGAGAAACAUCCAAAAUCUAAAAUGCCAUAAUUAAACAAAUCAUUGUAUGUGAGAUCUUUAUCAUAUUGAU